AUGAGCUUUGAUACGCUGGAUCACCUUGUCCCACCUGAGUCGACAUUCCAAGUGACCCUGGAAAAGACGGCCCAAGGCCUGGGGGUGAGCGUGACUGGGGGGAGGGAGGCGAGGAACCACCGCUUGAGAGGAUUUUUCUGGAUCAAGAAGGUAUUUCCGAUUACCCCGGCAUGGGAGCAGGGGAUCCUUACCCUUGGUGACAUCAUCCUCAAGGCUAAUGGAAUCCCAUUGAUUUGGCUCACACGAGACAGAUCCCUUGUCACUCUCUCUAAGUCAGAAGCAGUCUCCAUCGGGUCUCCUCUCACCAUGUGGGAUGCAAGCACAGACAGCCCAACACCAGAGAUGUUUGGUUCUCCACCUCGCCCUACAAGCCUCGACCUGGCAUCCCCUUCUUCACGGUCGUCCAGCCUCCGCCGGCAGCAGUUCAUCCUUCCAUCCCCGAUCCUUGGUGACAGCCCAGAUCACAGCCUUGCCUCUCUGCCUCCAGAGAUUGAGCCCUCUAAGAAAUUUCAACGAAACCACGAGUACAUGUCGGCCAACUGGAACGAGAGGAGUCGAGGGGGUAAGACCAGUGAUGGGGACAUGGGACUCCUCAAGUGUAGAGGGACUGUCUUCAAUGAGCCUGAUGAUCACAUUGAUUGGCCCAAUGAUGCUGAAGAUGUAGUUGAGAUAGGGAUCUCUCCCAGCGGUCAAUGGAGAGGAUGCAUCCGGGCAGGAGAUGGAAGCUGUGAUAGGUCUGUUGCAUACGCUGAGGGGCCACAUCCACAUGGUGCUCGGCCGACCGCAGACCGCCUCCACUUCGUGACCUUUUGCACCUCUGCCUUCCACUGUGUCUCGUCCAUAAUGAAAAUUGGGAUAGUCUUCCUCCUGUUCUCCAAGAUCUAG